UGUCAACGUCGUGAUUCCAAUUCUAUAUCAAAAUUUUUGACUAAUUUAUCUUUGGAUAAAGAACACUAUAUAACUGAGACUUCUGUUAAUAAAGCACUUGUGCACAGUUCCUAUACUGAAGAAGAAUUUAAUAUGCGAUUAAAAAAAGAAACUGAUGCAUUGCAACUAAAAUUUAUUGAAGCUUCAAAGCAAAGAAUACUAGAAAUUAAUAUUGCUUUAUCUUGCAAAUCUGCAAAAUUAUGUGUUGAAACAAUGAAAAGCUGGAUUCGAGAUGGAAGUAUAUAUAUUAAAAUUCGUGAACUUGAAAUAAAAGAUGGAAAUGAUUAUUCAGAUCGAAAAAAGUAG